GAAAAUAGUACGUUCUACAACAGGUAAGAAGAAUUGAUAGUGGACUGAUUCCCGAAUUCGAAUUGCAAUAGAUCGAAUCGCGAUACUAGGCUGUAACCCCCAAAACUCAUGAGAAGGUGAUCCUCAUUCGAACACUCUACGGUCAGCAUCUGGUUCCUUCCCUCACGUAGUUUCCUUCCUCCUCUCCAUAGACAAUUAUAAGUUUCUCGUCUUCUUUUCAGCCCGAGAAUGAAUUUCUACUAUGCGUUGCACAACACAGGCAUGCCUCAUUUCUAGAUUAAUACGGUGUGAUCAUUGAUCAUUGUUUUUUGCUUUAUAAAUGAUUUUAUUUCCAGCAGCCUGAGGACUCCUUAAACCGCGAAAACAUCUGAAGAAACACCACGCUUUUUUGUUCAACAAACUUUCUUGAGAAAAAGAUGUCGCGUGACCAUCAAACGUCGCGGCGCGUACGUCAGCGCGAUCGAUCAGACUCGCGGUCUCAGAGACCGCGACGAGGCGGCGUUGCGACGAGUGAAUCCGAGGACGAUAGAUCCAGACAGGGGGCACAGGACUUCAAGAGGAGAAAAGGAGCAUCAAGUAGCACCACAACCACCACAACAUCAUCAAAUGGGAAAAAUGGCAGAUCAAGUUCCACGAGAGCAGUAGCUCUAGGAGAUGACUAUGACAGACGCAGAACAAGGAAUACUAGUCGCGCUCGUGGCGAAAACAAACGGGAGCAAAGUAGGAGUAGAAGAAACUACACUGUAACUACUGGACAUACCAAGACUCAGAGAAAAAAUUCAAGUCGCUCCCGUUCACGAUCGAGAAGCCGUUCUGAUUCCCGUCAAUCACGAGGUCGUCGACGUGGUGAAUCAGACUCCCGAAACCGCCGACAAGGACACAGGCGAAGUGGCGUAUUAUACUGCUAUGUCUUCAAAGAUGUAGAUGUUGUGGUUUGAUAUCCUGUAAAAAAAAAGUGUUAAAAGAAGUUGAUUUUGAUGCGGAUUCUAUUAUGAUCUUUUGAAAAUAAAGAACAAAUGCUAGUAGAAAUUCAGUGUUGGAUCCGAAUCCCAUAAGAUCUUACCAUUUAAAGAAGUUGUAUUUGAAAAUGGUUUGUUUACAGUUUUGCAUACGAAUCUCGUGUACAACGAACAUUUACAAGACAACAACAGACAGAUUGUAGCUUUUCCUUCAUUCGUUGAGCAUAUAAACGGCCUGCAGGAAAGACGCAGAUCCGACUCUGAUUCGAGAAGCCAUCGCCAGAGAACCGACAAUAAACCAAGAAUCGACGAAGGGGUUGUGCAAGCUGCAGCUGCACUAGUGGGCUCGAUAAAUAGUGUUCCGUUAGGAGCAACAGGUGCUGUGGGCGUAGCUGGUGGUACAGCCACGAGUACUUCUACUGGUAUAUUAGCAGCACAGCCAACACCAAGCUCAUCUCGACAAAAAGAGGAUCUAUCGGGUGUAUUUGGCCUGGAUUUAUCUGACGGAGAAGCAGAAGCCCUACCAGAGGCAGGCAUAAAAAUGUCGCGCAAUCAGGUGCUUCCGUUGUUCCUCUUUUUGCUUUUUAGAAAUUUUUCUCUAAGUUCAAAAAUAAGGAUAAAAGGAAUGUUACCUGUAAGGUAGAUUUGUUCAGGUCAACGAUAAAGCAUAUCAACGGGUGGAUAUUAUGCUCGUUUACUUCAGUAAGGUUUUUUGUAAUGAUCACUUUGAUAAGCUUCUCUCUAACGAGUUCAGUUUUGUCGUGCUCGUGGACAGAAUCGAGUUUCAUCCACGGCAGGAUGUUGGUGUAAACAAUUUCGUUUCUGGUAAGUUUCAGUUGUCGUCUCGUAGCAUCAUGAUUGCUGCUUUGCGGCGGCCGAACUUCAUCACAUUGUUGACUUCCUUAUAGUUUUGUUUCAUACGAGUACGAUAUGACGAAGGGCACAACAAUCCGCAUAUCAUUUUUGUUGACUGUAUCUAUCUUUAGCAGUUCGGAAGAUUCUGUCGUAGUAGAAGUUGAGAAGAUAUAGACUUCGCUGCAGAUUUAUUUUUUCACACUGAAAGAGUACUAGUUAGUACAACUAACACGUCAAGAAAUCAUUUGUGAAAUCAUGAAAAUAAGUUUGCACCGCAUGGUCCAUCGUCCAUCCAACAACCCCUCAAAGGGAGUGAACACGAGGUUGGCAACGGGACCGCACACGUUUCUUCAAAGCAGCCGGAAGCAGAUGGUCCUCAGGUAAAAACUGGAGAAUGAGAAGAGCGAGAGAAAAAUCAAAACGAAACAAUGAAAUUCUACUUAGAUGGGGAGUGUACUAUCUUUGUAGUUUCAGCUUGGAAAUGAUCAUGUUGGUCUUACAGUAUAAUGAUGCCCACUGUCUGGUUCUUGGAUUUCACACAUCUUCAAGAGUUUUGAAUUUGAUGAAUUCGAAUUCCUCUUUAUACUUAUUGUUAUUUUUACAAGUCGAUGAUUCCACAGGGAGGGCAUAGAGAGGCGGCGAGAACGCGAGGAUAAUUUUCGUCCGGAGCAUGGAUGCCGAGGCCAAUCUACGAUAUUGGGUCCGCAAAGCACGUUAACGGCUGCUCCAACAAUCGCGAACGCCUUGGUGCAAGGUGAUGGUGAAGCACCACCCAGGCUUUCUUCCACUGGAGGAGCUGAAGAUAGAAGUGCUACCGGGAAUCUAAAGCGGGAAACAUCGACGAGGCAAGCUGACGGAGUUCGAAAUAAAAUACGAUUGAAUAUCGAUACUUCUUCAAUCGCAACAUCGUCGAAAAAUCUACUUCAAGAACCGGGCCAGAAGAAAGACGCUGAAUCGUUUUGCUGCCUGCUCUGUCGUCGAAAGUUUCCGUCAGCGGUGGCUCUCAAGCGGCACGAGGAGGCUUCGGAACUUCACAAGCAGAAUUUAGCAAAGGCAGCACAAAGGCACUGAAGAUACCAUUAUGAUUAUCUUGGAUGUCAUGGACGUGUGAAUGUGAGAGUAAAUGCCGAACGCCCCGAACAUGCGAGGAAGACGCAGAUUGAUUGUUUGAAUCCCCACAACCUCAGCAACAUCCUUAAUCCCCAUUCCGAACCUUUUUCCUGUGGUAAGAACCGCAAGACACCUACGACCAAAAAGCUGAAACAUUUCCAACAAGAAAUUGCAUUUUGUUCUUGUGGAAGUGGACGUGUUGAUGAAAGUUGUAAUAAGGCUGAGAAGCAUGAUCUUUAAAGAAAAAAGAGUUUUCUCUAACUGCAAAGUGCGACUUCCAAGUAAAAAAUCAUCAUGCAGCACGAAGUAAGUUAAAAACAAUCCCACCAUGACCAUGGCGGGAACAGAAAGCGCCCCCAAACGAAACGGUACUGAUGAAAAGAAGGAUCUGUCAGGUGAUUGCGUUCG